GUUGCUAUGGAAACGACAAAGUUAACUUUCAUCCCGGGACUCCGUUCGCGGGAUACAUGAGUACGGAUUAAAAUAAGCGCCGGCCGGUCACCCCACGAAGGGCGAUAUAGAAUGAACGAGCAGGUGAACAGCGGCGCGUUGCCACAGAGGGCGACCAUGUCGAAGUUUCCCGUCCUGCCCCCCAUUAUGGGCAGCCGGAGCCGGCGUGAGGAGGCACAGCCCCCCGCAGCGCAGGAGGACACCGUAACGGUCCCAAAGACAGCGCUGAGGCGCAAGAGGAGCAGAGUGCUGCGGGAGCGCCUCCGCAUGAUAGUGGUGUCACGGGCGAUGGAGGCCCGCAGACAGAGCAGAGAGAGGGGAGCAGGACGCAGCCGCUCACCACAACCGCAGUUUCCACCUUCUAUGCUUAGCGAGGAGCGGAAGCGUGAGAUGAACUACACGGUGCUGAAGCGCUUCGUAGAGAGCCGCCCGUUCCCCCCAAUCCAGCAGGGCUGGUUGGACUCCAUCGUGGCCUCUUCCAAGCUGAAAGGGGCCCCUGAGAUGAACAAGCUGCAGCAGGAGCUCUGCAAGGAAGUCAGCGACAACUUCCACAAUGUGAUCGUCAAGCACACAGUGAACACAGUGCUAAAGGAUCCAUAUGCACAAGGUCCCGUCUCAGACGAACAGACGGAUGCCCAAACAAAAGUUAUUGAAUUCUCCCAAUCGUGGCACAAGAGCUUCAUCAGAAACCGCAAAACAAUAAAAAACAAUUUGCACGUCCUUCAUCCGGUCAUGCAAGCCGUCCUGGAUAUCGGCUACAUGAAGUUUUCUCCGCUGGUCCUGGUGGAUCUUUCGGGAUGCCGUGCUUCCGGACCUGUGGAUUGUAAGAGCCUACAGGUCCGAAUGUCUGUGGAGUGUAAGAAGACAGAAGAUCGUAUCAUGAAUACCUGGUUUCCCAAAGUCAUCCACCUACUAGAAACCCUGACUGAAGUCAAAGAGGAGAAACUGGAGUCCUUCUUUGACUGUGCGUCCACCCUCAUCUCCAUUCAGUUGAAAUCCUUGCUUCAGACGAGUGUGGAGGAGUUUGUCAAUGUGUUCGAUCCCAGCAAUCGGCACCUUUUGCCCAUCUUUCGUAUGGUCUUGACGCUGGAUGAUAAAAAGAUGGAAAUUUAUCCCACCUUGGAAGAUCUGGAAGCUGCUGUUUUUGAGAUUCUGAAUGCCAUCACAAACACACUGCAGAAGGUACACACGAUGCAGUCAUGGAUGGCACGAGGCGAGUCUUCGUUUGUGAAUGCAAAGCUGGCUGACCACAUCAUUGCUCGGGCUCGGGCCAUCUUGAAGACAGCUGUGGGCGAGAACCUGGAGGAACCUGACAAGCACCUGCAGAACUAUGUUGACCAGUAUGACUGGCUUGUCAAUGGAACUGCGCAUGCCAGAGUGGAGAAGUUCUUGGAAGAGGAGCACUCUUUUGAAGAGUACACCAAGGAAGUGGAGGAGUUUUGUGUGGUGUCGAAGGAGAUUACAAGCCUUCCAGCCAGAGCCCACUUCUUGAUGGUCCAUCUGGACUGUGAAGAGCUGAAUCAGGGGCUGGCCAACAGAGCAAAUAAUUAUGCAGAAAUACUUCUGAAGAGAGUGAUCACCAGCCACCGGGAGCUGAGCCUACAGAUCUGCUCUGAAUUUGAAGCCAUCAGAGAAAAUGUUCUGAAAGUACCAGAAAGUACAGAAGAAAUGACCCAGAUCAUUGAUCACAUUCAUUUCACUAAGACAAAGGGUAUCGCAGAAAUUGAACAGAAAAUGCAGGAAGCCCUCUGUAGACUAAUCUACAUCCUGGAGGUGCACGCCGUCGAGCCCGAGGAUCAGGAGCUUGAUACGACCCUUUUUCUCUGGCCGAAGAAAAUCCGUCGUGCCUUUGAACUCAGCGAUGAGGUGAUGCAGGAGGCCAAGCGUACAGGAGAGCAGGAGCUGCGCGCUAGAAGAGAAAGAUUGAUGGUACAGCUUGAAAAGCUGGGGCGCAGGAUAGGGGAGUUCCCACAUUGCUCUGAGCUGGACAUGAUGCAGCAGUAUGUAACAGAUAUCAGAACGGUCCAGAGACUCCUUCAGGAGGCUGACGAGGAGAUCGUCUUCAUUAACAAAGAGGAGGCCUUUUACCAAUGGGACCAGACAUGUUACCCAGAAGUGGAGGUCAUCAAAGAAAGUAUCGGACCGUAUCAGAAGCUGUUUGCACUUGUGACCACGUGGCAGCGCACACAAAGCAGAUGGAUGGACGGUUCCUUCCAGGACCUGAAUGGCGAGAGCAUGGAGGUAAAAGUGGACGAGUUCUUUCGGGAGGUCUUCAAGAUGCACAAGCUUUUCCAACAGAAGCAGAAUAAGGCCGAGCAGGAGAUGGAGAAGAUCGCUGGGAAGACGAAGCAAGCACCUUUUCAGGAUGAUCCAAUGAAGCAGGAGGGCCCCACAGUACUUUUGUGCUCCACCGUGAUGGACCAGAUCAACAAGUUCAAGGUGCAUAUCCCCUUAGUGUCCAUCCUGUGCAAUCCGGGCAUCAGAGGUCGCCACUGGGAUCAGAUGUCAGAGAUAGUGGGGUAUGACCUGACUCCCGACUCUGGUUCCACACUAAACAAAGUUCUCAAACAAAACCUGACCCCGUACCUGGAAGAGUUUGAGUCCAUCAGCGCAACUGCCAGCAAAGAGUUUUCCCUGGAGAAGGCUAUGCAAACCAUGGUGCAUAUCUGGGAUGGUAUUUCUUUCAACCAUCAACCUCACAGGGAGACCGGAGUGUCCAUCCUCAAUGCCUUGGACGAGAUCCAGCAAAUGCUCGAUGACCAGAUCGUAAAGACUCAGACUAUGAGGGGCUCACCGUUCAGCAAACCUUUUGAAAAGGAGAUCAAAAUGUGGGAGGAGCGUCUGCUUCGUAUCCAGGAGACCAUAGAUGAAUGGCUGAAGGUGCAGGCCCAGUGGCUUUACCUGGAGCCCAUAUUCUCCUCCCAGGACAUCAUGCAGCAGAUUCCUGAAGAAGGACGACUUUUCCAAACUGUUGACAAGAACUGGAAAGAGGUCAUGAGGCACUGCGUUAAGAACCCAAAGAUUCUGCCAGCAACCUCUCUGAGUGGUUUGCUGGAGAAACUGCAGAAUUGUAACAACCUUCUGGACAGCAUCAUGAAAGGACUGAAUGCCUAUUUGGAGAAGAAGCGUCUCUUCUUUCCAAGGUUCUUCUUCUUGUCCAACGAUGAAAUGCUGGAGAUACUGUCUGAGACCAAAGACCCCUUACUAGUGCAACCCCAUCUGAAGAAGUGCUUUGAGGGUAUUUCCAAACUGGACUUCUUACCCAAUCUGGACAUCCAGGCCAUGCAUAGCAGCGAGGGUGAGCGGGUUCAGCUCAUCCAGCAAAUCUCCACCUCCGAAGCCAAAGGCGCUGUGGAGAAGUGGCUGGUGCAGGUGGAGGACGUGAUGAUUCGCAGUGUCAGGGAUGUAGUAGCCCGAUCCAGGGUGGCCUAUGCUGAGACUGCGCGGAGCCAGUGGGUCAGGGAGUGGCCAGGGCAGGUGGUGCUCUGCACCUCCCAGAUCUUCUGGACCUUGGAGGUUCAUGAAGCCAUCAGAGCAGGACCUGAUGGUUUAAAGAACUACUCCGAACAACUCAAGAAUCAGCUGAGUGACAUAGUGGGGCUGGUGAGAGGGAAACUGCCUCAACAAACGCGCAUCACGCUGGGAGCGCUGGUCACCAUCGACGUCCACGCCAGGGAUGUGGUCUCGGAGCUGAUUGAGAAAGGUGUGUCAAAUGAAACCGACUUCCAGUGGCUAGCCCAGCUACGCUACUACUGGAGCAACGACGACGUUCGCGUCCGCAUCAUCAACUGUGAUGUUAAGUACGCCUACGAGUACCUGGGCAACUCGCCGCGUCUCGUCAUCACCCCCCUGACGGACAGAUGCUACAGAACCCUGAUUGGGGCUUUCUACCUGAAUUUGGGUGGUGCGCCUGAGGGUCCGGCUGGAACGGGAAAGACGGAAACCACCAAGGAUCUAGCCAAAGCUCUCGCUGUGCAGUGCGUGGUCUUCAACUGUUCUGACGGACUGGACUACCUCGCCAUGGGCAAAUUCUUCAAAGGCCUGGCCUCAUCCGGUGCGUGGGCCUGCUUUGACGAGUUCAACCGCAUUGAGCUGGAGGUGCUGUCCGUAGUGGCCCAGCAGGUUCUCUGCAUCCAGAGGGCCGUUGAGCUGAAGUUGGAGUACUUUGACUUCGAAGGGACCAUGCUCAAACUCAAUCCCAACUGCUUUGUGUCCAUCACGAUGAACCCUGGCUACGCAGGACGCUCGGAGCUUCCAGACAACCUCAAGGUGUUGUUCCGAACAGUGGCCAUGAUGGUCCCGAACUACGCGCUGAUAGCAGAGAUCUCUCUGUAUUCAUAUGGCUUCCUCAACGCCAAACCGCUGUCGGUCAAGAUUGUGAUGACCUACAGGCUCUGCUCCGAGCAGCUCUCCUCACAGUUCCAUUACGAUUACGGCAUGAGGGCCGUCAAAGCUGUGCUCGUGGCUGCAGGGAACCUCAAGCUCAAGUAUCCCAACGAGAAUGAGGACAUACUGCUCCUGAGGUCCAUAAAGGAUGUCAAUGAGCCCAAGUUUCUCUCUCACGAUAUUCCGCUGUUCAACGGAAUCACCAGCGACUUGUUCCCGGGCAUCUCCCUUCCAGAGGCUGACUAUCAGCUGUUUCUGGAAGCUGCUAAAGAGUGCUGUAAAAUGCACAAUGUACAGCCAACACAGGUCUUCUUAGAGAAGAUGGUCCAGACCUACGAGAUGAUGAUAGUCAGGCAUGGGUUCAUGCUGGUGGGGGAGCCUUUUGCUGGUAAAACCAAAGUGCUGCAUGUUCUCGCUGACACGCUGACUCUCAUGAAUAAGCGAGGCUACGGCGAGGAGAAGAGCGUCAUCUUCAGGACAGUGAACCCAAAGUCCAUCACCAUGGGACAGCUCUUUGGACAGUUUGACCUUGUUUCCCACGAGUGGACGAACGGGAUUGUGGCCAACACGUUUCGCGAGUUCGCAUCGGCUGAGACGCCGGAACGCAAGUGGGUGGUGUUUGAUGGUCCCAUAGAUACGCUGUGGAUUGAGAGCAUGAACACUGUGCUGGAUGACAACAAAAAGUUGUGCCUGAUGAGCGGUGAGAUCAUUCAGAUGUCCAAUCAGAUGAGUCUGAUUUUUGAAGCAAUGGAUUUAUCCCAGGCUUCGCCGGCCACAGUCAGCCGAUGCGGGAUGAUCUACAUGGAGCCGUCCCAGUUGGGCUGGGAGCCCUUGGUGAUCUCCUGGAUGAACAACCUCCCCGACGCUCUGCAGAGCCCCAAAAACCGCUCGCUGCUGCUGGAGCUUUUCCACUGGCUCGUUCCGCCUUCCCUCAGGGUGCUGCGUAAACACUGCAGAGAAGUUGUUUCCACAAGCGACAGCAACACCGUGGUGUCCUUGUGCCGACUGUUUGAGAUGCUGCUCACUGAACCCGUAAACAGUAGUUCCGAUGAUAAGAAUAUACGCACCUGGAUCAUGGCGGCUUUCGCCUUCUCCCUGGUGUGGUCCACGGGGGGCAGCUGUGAUGCAGACAGCAGAGAGAAGUUCAGUGAGUUCUUAAGGACGAUCCUGUCCGGACAGACGGACAAACACCCUGUCCCCGCCAUUGUGGGGAAGUGGGAGUGUCCCCUGGACGACAGAAGUCUGGUGUAUGACUUCUUCUAUGAGUUCAAAGGAAAAGGCCGCUGGGUUCACUGGACUGACGCCAUCAAGAACGUCAACCUGGGGGACAAAAACACCAAAGUGCAGGAGAUCAUUGUUCCCACGAUAGACACCGUCCGCUACUCCUACCUCAUGGACCUGUGCAUCGCUUAUGGAGUGCCUCUCCUGUUUGUCGGUCCGACCGGCACCGGGAAGUCGGUGUACGUGAAGGAGAAACUGAUGAACAAUCUGGACAAAGACAGCUAUCUACCCUUCUUCGUCAACUUUUCAGCUCGCACAAGCUCCAACCAAACUCAGAACAUCAUCAUGUCCAGGUUGGACAAGAGAAGGAAGGGCGUGUUCGGGCCCCCCGUGGGAAAGAAGUGUGUCAUCUUUGUAGACGACAUGAACAUGCCUGCUCUGGAACAGUUUGGUGCGCAGCCUCCCGUGGAGCUUCUUCGGCAGUAUAUUGACCACGGAAACUGGUAUGACCUGAAGGACACCUCCAAGGUCUCUCUGGUUGACCUCCAGUUCAUCUCAGCUAUGGGCCCCCCCGGCGGGGGGAGGAAUGCUGUGACGCCCCGCUUUCUGCGCCACUUCAACAUUGUUAGCAUCAACGCCUUCAGUGACGACACUAUGGUUCGCAUUUUCUCCAGCGUGGUGGCCUUCUACGUCAAAAACAAUGAAUUCCCGCCGGAAUAUUUCACCGUCGGAAACCAAAUAGUGACGGCUACAAUGGAGGUGUAUAAGAAAGCCGUGGAGAACCUGCUUCCAACACCAGCCAAGUCCCACUACACCUUCAACCUGCGGGACUUCUCCCGCGUGAUCCAAGGCUGCCUGCUGCUGAAGAGGGAUUCACUGGAGAACAAGCGCACCAUGGUACGCCUGUUUGUCCACGAGGUCUUCCGCGUCUUCUACGACCGCCUGGUGGACGACACAGAUCGCGCGUGGCUCUACAAGCUGAUGGACGGCAUCCUGAAGAAUCACUUCAAAGAGUCCUUCAACCAGGUGUUUGAUCACCUGAAGCAAAGCAGCCGACUGGUUGAAGAAGACAUGCGGAAUCUUCUGUUUGGUGACUACAUGAACCCCGACCUGGAGGAUGAUGAGCGCUUGUACGCCGAGGUGCCCUCAAUGGAAAGUUUUUCCCAAGUGGUGGAGUCGUGUCUCCGUGAAUACAACCAGAUGCACAAGAAUCGCAUGAACCUCGUCAUCUUUCGCUACGUCCUGGAGCACCUGUCCCGUAUCAGCCGUGUGUUGAAGCAGCCGGGGGGCAAUGCCCUGCUGGUGGGCGUGGGAGGCAGCGGACGCCAGUCCAUCACCCGCCUGGCCACGUCCAUGGCCCACAUGGCCUUGUUCCAGCCUGAGAUCUCUAAGAGCUACGGCACCACGGAGUGGAGAGACGACCUCAAGAUGCUGCUGAAAAAUGCCGGGGUGAAAGGUCAGAAGACGGUGUUCUUGCUGACUGAUUCUCAGAUCAAAGACGAGGCCUUUCUGGAAGACGUGGACAGCGUCCUGAACACCGGGGAGGUGCCCAACCUGUUCGCCAUAGACGAGAAGCAGGAGAUCAUGGAGUCGGUGCGUCCCGUUGCCCAAGCUGGCAAUAAGAAUCUAGAGUUGAGUCCUUUGACUCUUUUCGCCUUCUUCGUGGCGCGCUGUCGAGAGAACCUUCACAUCGUCGUGGCGUUCAGUCCGAUUGGAAAGGCCUUUCGAAACCGCCUGCGCCAAUUUCCGUCUCUGGUCAACUGCUGCACCAUCGACUGGUUCCAGGCGUGGCCAGAGGAGGCCCUCGAGCGAGUGGCGAACUCCUUCCUCGGCCCGCUGGAGAUGAGUGGAAAUGAGAGGCGUGAGGUCAUACCCAUCUGCAAAACGUUCCACACAUCUGCAACGCAGCUCUCUCAGAGAUUCCUCUCUGAGCUGGGUCGCCAUAACUACGUGACUCCCACAUCCUACCUGGAGCUGAUUGCUGCCUUCCGUCUGCUACUCACUCAGAAGAGAGAAACUGUCAUGAAAGCAAAGCAGAGGUAUACCAACGGUCUGGAUCAACUGGCCUUCGCCGAAUCGCAGGUCAGCGAGAUGAAGAAGGAACUUGUGGACCUGCAGCCCAAACUGGAGCAGGCAAAGAUAGACAACCACAAAAUGAUGAAGGUGAUAGAAGUGGAGUCCGUAGAGGUGGAAGCCAAAAGCAAAGUUGUGCGCGUUGACGAGGAGGCGGCCACCAUAAAGGCCAACGAGGCGCAGGCUCUGAAGAACGAGUGCGAGAGCGACUUGGCCGAGGCCAUCCCCGCCCUGGAGGCCGCUCUCUCGGCCCUGGACACCUUGAAGCCCGCCGACGUCACCAUCGUGAAGUCGAUGAAGAACCCUCCUUCGGGAGUGAAGCUGGUGAUGUCCGCUGUGUGCGUGAUGAAGGAGAUAAAGCCGGAUAAGAUCGUAGACCCGGCUGGGACGGGAAAAAAGGUCUUUGACUACUGGGGUCCAAGCAAGAAGCUCGUGGGGGACAUGAACUUUUUACGAGACCUUAGAGAAUAUGACAAGGACAACAUUCCUUUACCUGUAAUGCAAAAAAUCCGUAGUGAGUACAUGACGAAUCCGGACUUUAACCCCAGUAUUGUGGCCAAAGCCUCCUCUGCAGCAGAGGGCCUGUGCAAGUGGAUCAAAGCAAUGGAGGUGUACGACAGGGUGGCGAAGGUCGUGGCCCCGAAGAAGGCCAGCCUGGCCGAGGCGCAGGAGUCCCUGGCCGCUACCAUGGUCCUGCUGGACCAGAAGCGAUCUGAGCUAAAGGAGGUGGAGGACCGCCUGGCCGCACUUCAGAAAACCUUCGAGGAGAAGACCGAGGAGAAGGCCCAGCUGGAGAUCCAGGUGGAUCUGUGUGCCAGGAAGUUGGAGAGGGCCGAGAAGCUGAUUGGUGGCCUCGGCGGAGAGAAGACGAGAUGGUCCAAGGCAGCCGAUGACCUGCAGAACACAUACGACAACCUGACCGGAGAUGUCCUCAUCUCCGCCGGGGUCAUCGCCUACCUGGGGGCCUUCACCGCCGGCUUCAGACUGGACUGCACCCGGUCAUGGAGCAAACUGUGCCAAUCUAAGAACAUUCCAUCGGCAGACGAAUUCUCCCUCAGUAAGACUCUGGGGGACCCCAUCGAGAUCAGGGCCUGGAACAUCGCAGGCCUCCCUAGUGACUCCUUCUCCAUUGACAAUGGUGUCAUUGUCAGGAAUUCACGGAGAUGGCCCCUGAUGAUUGACCCCCAGGGCCAGGCCAACAAGUGGGUGAAGAAUUCAGAGAAAGACAACAACCUGAGCGUAAUCAAGCUAACGGACGGAGACUACAUGAGAACUCUGGAGAACUGCAUUCAGUUUGGAACCCCGCUGCUGCUGGAAAACGUCGGCGAGGAGCUGGACCCCUCACUGGAGCCGCUGCUGGUCAAACAGACCUUCAAACAAGGCGGGGUGGACUGCAUCAGGCUCGGGGAGAGCGUGAUCGAGUACUCCCGCGAUUUCCGCUUCUACAUCACCACCAAGCUGAGGAGCCCUCACUACCUGCCGGAGCUGGCCACCAAGGUGUCCCUGCUCAACUUCAUGAUCACCCCGGAGGGCUUACAGGACCAGCUGCUGGGGAUCGUAGUUGCCAAGGAGAGGCCGGAGCUGGAGGAGGAGAGGAAUGCUCUGAUCCUGCAGUCGGCUGCCAACAAGAGGCAGCUGAAGGAAAUCGAGGACAAGAUCCUGGAGACACUGCAGGGCUCCGGGGGAAAUAUCCUGGAGGACGAGAGCGCCAUCCAGAUUCUUGACUCGGCAAAGAUCAUGUCCAAUGAGAUCAGCAAGAAGCAGCAGAUUGCAGAGAAGACAGAGAUCCAGAUAGCAGAGUCCAGAGAGGGUUACAGAGCCAUUGCUAAGCACUCCUCCAUCUUGUUCUUCAGCAUUGCUGAUCUGACCAACAUAGACCCCAUGUACCAGUACUCUCUCAGCUGGUUUGUCAACCUCUACGUUAACUCCAUACAAGACAGCAACAAGUCGAAGAACCUGGAGCGGAGGCUUCGAUACCUGAUCGAUCACUUCACCUAUAACCUGUACUGUAACGUGUGUCGCUCCUUGUUUGAGAGGGACAAACUCCUCUUUUCUUUCCUCCUCUGCUGCAACCUGCUCCUUGCUAAAGAGGAGAUUGUGUACUCUGACUUCCUGUUCUUCCUGACCGGAGGAGUGGGACUGCAGAACACCGUUGCUAACCCCGCCCCCGGCUGGCUUCAGGACAAGAGCUGGGACGAGACCUGCAGAGCCAGCGAGCUGUCUGGCCUAAAAGGAAUAAAAGAGGCUUUCAUCAAAAGCCCAGAAAGCUUUAAAUCUAUUUAUGACAGCAAAGAACCAUGCAACACUCCUCUGCCGGCUCCGUGGUGUGAACGGCUCAACGACCUGCAGAAGAUGAUCCUUGUUCGCUGUCUCAGGCCCGACAAGAUCGUUCCAGCUGUCACCAAGUUUGUGACGGGCAAACUGGGGAAGAAAUUUGUCCAGCCGCCUCCCUUUGACCUGAGCAAGAGCUACCUGGACUCCAACUCCAGCGUCCCCCUGGUGUUUGUGCUGUCUCCGGGCGCUGAUCCCAUGGCCAGCUUACUGAAGUUCGCCAGUGACAAGAACAUGGGCGGGACCAAGUUCCAGUCCAUCUCUCUGGGACAGGGCCAGGGACCUAUCGCUGCCAAAAUGAUAUCCACCGCCAUGCAGGAGGGGACCUGGGUAUGUUUGCAGAAUUGCCAUCUGGCUGUUUCCUGGAUGUCCAACUUGGAAAAAACCUGCGAGGACUUCAGUCCGGCAACGUGCCACCCGGACUUCCGCCUUUGGCUCACGAGCUACCCUUCCCCCAGGUUUCCAGUGACCAUUCUGCAGAAUGGGGUGAAGAUGACGAACGAGCCUCCGACAGGACUCCGGCUCAACCUGCUGCAGUCUUACCUGUCAGAUCCAGUUUCCGACGUAAACUUCUUCAACAGCUGCCCCGAUAAGGAGCUGAUUUGGGAGAAGCUCCUGUAUGGCCUGUGCUUCUUCCAUGCUCUUGUUCAGGAGAGGAAGAAGUUUGGUCCACUGGGCUGGAACAUUCCGUAUGGCUUCAAUGAGUCUGACCUGCGCAUCAGCAUCAGACAGCUGCAGCUGUUUGUGACCGAAUACAACGAGGUGCCCUUCGAGGCCAUAACUUACCUGACAGGUGAGUGUAACUAUGGCGGCCGCGUGACGGACGACUGGGACAGGCGGCUCCUGAUGACCACCUUGGCCGACUUCUACAACCAGGACAUCAUCGAGAAACCUCGUUUCCCCUUCUCACCUAGCGGCGAGUACUUCGCCCCGCCGAAAUCCACCUACGACGACUACGUUGUAUUCAUCAAGGAGCUUCCGUUGAGCCAACAUCCAGAGGUGUUCGGGAUGCAUGAAAAUGUGGACAUUUCUAAAGAUCUGCAGCAGACAAAGCUGCUGUUCGAUUCGCUGCUGCUCACCCAGGGGGGAGGGGCCAAAGGAGGAGCCAGCUCGGGCAGUGACAAGGCGCUGUUCGACAUCGCGAAUGACAUCCUCAAUGAGCUUCCGGCUAACUUCGACACGGAAGCAGCCCUGUUAAAGUUCCCAGUGCUCUACGAGGAGAGCAUGAACACCGUGCUCGUCCAAGAGAUGGAGCGCUACAACACGCUGUGCAGCACAAUCCGUGUGAGCCUGCAGAACCUGUUGAAGGCCAUCAAGGGUUUGGUGGUGAUGGACGCGGAGCUGGAGGCCGUCGCGGGCGGGUUGAUCGUGGGGAAGGUUCCAGACAAAUGGGCCAAGUGCUCCUACCCGAGCCUCAAGCCUCUGGGCAGCUACAUUACGGACUUCCUCUCAAGGCUCAGGUUUCUGCAGGAUUGGUGCGACACCAGUAAACCCAGCGUGUUCUGGCUGUCCGGCUUCUUCUUCACCCAGGCCUUCCUCACUGGAGCGAUGCAGAACUACGCCAGGAAGUACCGCGUCCCCAUUGACCUGCUGGGCUUUAACUUUCAGGUUCUUCCCUUCGAGGCGUCGGACACGCCGCCCGAGGACGGUGUUUACGUGAACGGAUUGUUUCUGGAUGGAGCUCGAUGGGACAAAGGAAGUGGCGUUCUAGCCGAGCAGCACCCCAAAGUCCUGUUUGACGUGAUGCCGAUCAUCUGGAUUAAACUCACUGAGAAGAGGAGCAAGGAUCGGGCUCAGCAGCUGUACGUCUGCCCUCUCUACAAGACCAGCGAGAGGAAGGGCUCCCUCUCCACCACGGGCCACUCCACUAACUUUGUCAUUUCCAUGGAGUUGCCCACCACCCAGCGCCCUCAGCACUGGAUAAAGCGCGGCGUGGCCAUGCUCUGCCAGCUGGACGACUGAAAUCUGACCACAAACUGUACAAGACUCAAGCACUUUACCGUGGUGGCUUUAACACUGUGAUGCCUCUUUUUUGGUUCUCUGUCCUUCCUCAAACGCAAACAAAUUAAACAUGACACCGUGUGUGACCCCCCGCCCCCGCCCCACAGUUUGUGCGUCAGCGUGUUUGUGAAUCUUUCUGCAGGGACAUUACCCAC